UGUAUUUGUAAACCUCACUUCCUUCAUCUCUUCAAUGGAAGCCAGAAUCAUCCUCCAAAUUCAAAUCCCUUGGAACCCUAAUCACAAAUUCUCUCGCCGUCCUUCUCUAUAUCUUCCGCGUUUUUUUAUCAGAGCUUCUUCUUCAACCUCCCAGAAGCCGAGAAGUUACAGAGGUCCGAAACCGAGUAAGAACUUGGUAGCCGAUUUCAUUUCCAGAAACGAUGAUUUGGCUCGGAGCUUACCUAUCUACGUCGGAGGCGCUUCUCUUUUAGCCGUUCUUUUCAAUCGUACUGUUUCCGGUAUCGCUCCUGUUGCCGAUGCUAGCAGCUCACAGUCUAGAGCAGAUCUAUUGGCGCUUGGCUUGGCUGUUACCAAUUUAUUGACCGGUUUAGUUUGGUUAUCGAUCCGACCUAAGUCCAUUACACCUGUCAAUCCUGAAGGUGUGGAGUGCAAAGUUGUAGUAUCCGGUCUUCCUACAACGAUAGUUUCCGAAUUGUUAUGGGCUUGGGAAUCUUUUAAGGUAGCAACAUGUUGCAAGUCUCUAGUUAUUGUCUACAAUGGCAUAUGUCUUAUACAAAUAGGGAUGGUUGCUGAAUCUACAGAAGAUAAGAAAGGAGUCAUAGUAAACACUGAUAAGCUGAUGCAAGGAUCGGUUUACCAAGGCGUAAUGAAAUCCAAAGCACAGAGUUACUUGGCUAAUCUUUCUCUAUAUCCUGGGAGAUCAGAGCUGCCAUUUCUACCUGCAAAUACACAGGCUGUAAUUUUGCAGCCGCUUGGAGAUAAAGGAAUCGCAGUCAUUGGCGGAAACACUAUUAGAGGAUUCACGUCUUCAGACCAGGCUUGGAUUUCUUCGAUUGGGGAGAAGCUAGAUGCGACUUUGGGGAGAUAUUUUAUUGAUUCCGCAGCUGAGGUGUCUCCGGAAAAAGAUUGACCGGGAAAGCGGGAAAAAAAGAAAGAUAUAAUCAUGUUAUGAGAAAACAUUACAAGGCAUCAAAUCACUAAAGGUAAAGUGUUGCCUUUCGUUACGUUUGUGAUUUUCGUUUCGUGUUAUGGUGCGAGAGACUAACAAAUCAGUGGAGAUUACGCUGAAGGAUGUUUCUAGACCACGUACUCGUCUCUCCAGAGAUUGCAUUCCGUUCUGCGAGCUCUCCAUGAACUUCUGCAACAUUUUAAGUCCAAGAAAACAUUCAAAAAGUCAGCACAACACAGGUUGUUGGAUGUUUUAAAAGUUAAUAAAAAUCAAUGAGUUCAGAGGAAAAAGGUAACCUGAAAGAGAUCUAACAGACUGGACUGUUGUUUUUCAAUCUGAGUAAUCUGGUUUCUUAUUA